GAGGCAUAUCUCACCAAGUUUGGUUUCACUGCCGUCCCUGUGAAGAGUGAAAAUGAUGAAAAACCAGAGUCAUCACAGCUUCAUCAAAGCCGAAGUGAUGAGAGCACAGAGGCUGAGUCUGUGGCCAGCAGCUCAUGUGUACAGAGAACACUGACAGCAGAAGCUGAUGGAGAGGAUGGCAGAGGACCACAACCAGCCAGCAACUCAGGUCAAAACAGUCAUUUACAACCAGAUACCAAUGACAGGAGUCCAAACAGUCAUUUACAACCAGUUACCAGUGGCAGGAAUUCAGACAGUUCUGGAACUGAGACUGAUGACAGUUGUGACUGGAAACAGACCAGAGAACUUCAGUCAGGUUUUAAUUGUCGAAAGACUAUCAAUGUUGUUCAUUCAGGCAAAACCGAUAAACAGUUUAAAGGCUCUAAAUAUGGAAAAGCAUAUGGACAUAUGAACAAGUCAGAGCAACAGCAGCAUGAAAGGUACAAGACUGUAAGAUGGACCAUUGAAGAGAAGAAAAAGAUCUUUCACUGCUUCACUUACUCAAGGCAUGAGAAGUGGGGCAGGAGGACAAAGGCAGUAUUUGAAGAGAGGAUAAAAAAAGAGGAUUUACCAACUGAAAAGAAAGAAGCCACCACAACUGCAAAGCUACAAUCGAUUGCCUCUCAAAUCACAAAAUAUCUGACAGCAGAAGAAAUACAAAGAAUAAAGGAAGAUGCCCAAAAAGAAGCAAUAAAGGAUCACCAGUCAAUGGAGGAAGGGAAACAGCUUGAGUUUGAAAGGAGUCAGUGGAAGAGGGAGGAAGAGUGGGUACUGCUGUGGGCAGUGGAAUAUGCCAAAGCAAAAUACACCAACAGGAAAGAAAGAUGUAGAGAAUGGCAAAGAAUAUUCCACCACCACUGCCCAAGUAAGAAAGACAUAGCAAAAGGGCGACUCACCAGCCAAAGACGCAAGUUUAUCGCAUAUAAACACUUCACGGAUGCGGAAAUACAAGUGAUGCAACAGGAGGUUGGGCAAAUGGUCAGGGACGGCAUCUGCCCUCUGAGUCAACCUAUUGGACCACCUAGAAAUGACUGUCCUCAGAAAACAAGCAUCCAACAAAGAGCACCAGACCAAGCCAGUCUCUCACACCAAAGAGGUAGGGGUCAAACACAGCCCCAACACAAUAGGAGCCAAACGGCACCUCAACCACAAAACAAUGUACAGAUGCACCCAGACCCACAGCAGUGGGAAUUAGAAAAGGAAUUGGCAAAUAAGAUUGAGGAAGCAGAGAUUAAGAGCAGAGAUCUCCCACAUGGCAUUUUGGGAAGGCCAAAACCAUAA